UCCUUGAAAGAGCGGAUGGCGAUGUACCAGGCAGCUGUCUCCAGGGGGGACUGCCGCAGUUUCUCUGCCAACAUGAUGGAGGAAUCAGAAAUGUGCCGAGUGCCUGAUGGUUUGGCCAAGGUGAAAAAACAAUUUGAGAAAGAUGAAAUGACGUCUUCCCGCAAAAGUUUUUCUCAAUACCGAUAUCAACACCAGAACAGAUCUGAGCAGGAAGUGAUCCAUGAAAUCCAGGAAGUGGAAAGAAAUAAACAAGAUUUUUCAAAAUCACAUGAAAUCGAUGUUCUUGAAACAGAAACGGUCUCUCAUCUUGAAAAACACACUGAGGAAAUAAGCCAAGCUUCUCAAUCGCAUCAGUAUGUUCAAGAAACGGUCAUUGACACACCUGAAGAUGAAGAGAUCCCAAAGUUAUCAACGAAGCUUCUAAAAGAGCAAUUUGAAAAGUCAGUCCAGGAAAAAGCCCUUUAUUCUGACAAGGGGACAGUACCCCCAGCUAAGCAGAUUAAGAUUGAAUAUGAAUAUGAAGAGACUUUAAGGCCAACUACAGAUGUGGGUACCUCUUCUACCUCUUUCACUUCCAAUAGCCAGAGGAAGGAAACAUCAACCACAAGAUACAGUGAUCACAGUGUCACUUCCUCAGCUCGGGCACAAGUUAAUGACACGCCUGUGAGACAGAUGGAAGAAUUUCCUCCUCCCCCACCUGAUGUACUGCAAACUCCAAUAGAUGCAGCAGCAUUUUCUCAGUCCCCUGAAUUUCCCACCCCUCCCAAAAAACUGCCCAUCCCCAAAGAUUUAUAUUCCAAGCAAAGGAAUUUGUAUGAAUUAAAUCGUUUAUACAAACACAUCCACCCUGAGCUAAGGAAAAACUUAGAGAAAGAUUAUAUCAGUGAGGUUUCUGAGAUUGUUUCCAGUCAAAUGAAUUCAAAGAGCUCAGUUUCAGCAGAUGUACAACAAGCCAGGUAUGUUUUUGAAAAUACAAAUGACAGAUCUCAAAAAGACCUGAGUUCAGAAAGAGAAUACUUAGAGUGGGAUCAAAUUCUGAAAGGGGAAGUACAGUCCAUGAGAUGGAUUUUUGAGAACCAACCUUUAGAUUCCAUCAACAGUGGGUCUCCAGAUGAAGGUAACCUUGCUAAGGGCAUUGCUGAUCAAGAAAUCAUUGCUGGUGGUGAUGUAAAGUAUACCACAUGGAUGUUUGAAACACAACCUAUUGAUGCACUGGGAGAUCAUUCUUCUGGGACUGAAGAAACAGCUGAGAAAAUUCCUGAACUAGCCAGAGGAGAUGUCCGCACAGCCCGAUGGAUGUUUGAAACAAGGCCAUUGGAUUCGAUGAAUAGAAUACGUCAAAGUCAAGAAGAAACUGUCAGUAAGGACAUAAGCGGUGGGGAUGUCAAGACUGUGAAAUGCAUGUUUGAAACUCAGCAUCUGGAUCAACUUGGAGAGCUUCAUUCUGUGGAUGAGGCUCAUUUACUACAACUCAGAUCCGAGCUCAAAGAAAUAAAGAACAAUGUUAAGAGAAGUAUAAAAUGUUUUGAAACACAGCCACUCUAUGUUAUCAGAGAUGGUUUAGGUCAAAUGCUAGAAAUAAAAACUGUUCACAGAGAGGAUGUUGAAAAGGGAGAUGUGAGAACAGCACGCUGGAUGUUUGAAACUCAGCCCUUGGACACAAUUAAUAAGGAUAUUACAGAAAUAAAGGUUAUCCGAGGAAUAUCCAUGGAAGAAAAUGUAAAAGGUGGGGUGAGCAGGGCAAAGUGGUUGUUUGAAACACAACCUUUGGAGAAAAUCAAAGAAUCUGAAGAGGUUAUCACCAAAAAGGAAACAAUAUUAGGCACAGAUGUCUCCAGAAAGUGUUGGAUGUUUGAAACACAGCCAUUAGACAUUCUCAGAGAAGCUCCUGAAUCAGAGCCUCUGCCACCUGAAGAGAUAAUAGGGGGUGAUGUACAAACCACUAAGCGCCUCUUUGAAACACUUCCAAUUGACGCCCUGAAAGAGAGUCCUGAUGUUGGAAAGCUUCAAACAAUCACUGCCGCUGAAGAAGAAAAGGGGGAUGUUAGACAUCAGAAAUGGGUUUUUGAAACCCAACCUCUGGAAGAGAUUAGAGAAGAUAAAAAAGAAUACACACGAACAGUGAAACUUGAGGAAGUUGACAAAGGAGAUGUAAGGAAUUACAUACAUGUUUUUGAAUCAAAUGAUUUAAUUAAAUUUGAUGCAUCCCAUAAAAUAGAAGUGGAAGGGGUCACAAGAGGUGCUGUAGAGUUAAAUAAAUCCCUCUUUGAAACAACACCACUGUAUGCCAUUCAAGACCACCUUGGAAAAUACCAUCAAGUAAAAACAGUCCAGCAAGAAGAAAUCAUGAGAGGUGAUGUAAGGAGCUGUAGGUGGCUUUUUGAAACAAGGCCCAUUGACCAGUUUGAUGAAAGCCUUCAUAAAUUUCAGAUAAUUAGAGGAAUAUCUGCUCAAGAAAUACAGGCUGGGAAUGUGAAAUCUGCUAAAUGGUUAUUUGAAACUCAACCUCUUGAUGCAAUCAAAUAUUUCAGCAACGUGGAAGAAACAGAGAGUACAACCAAACAAGAUGCAGAUAUCAUUAAGGGAGAUGUCAAAACUUCUAAAUGGCUAUUUGAAACCCAGCCAAUGGACUCUCUUUAUGAAAAAGUUUCAUUGGUGACUGGCACUGAGGAAAUUCAUAAAGGAGAUGUCAAAACCUGUACGUGGCUCUUUGAAACUCUGCCACUUGAUAGCUUAAAGGAUGACUCUGAAACAAUAGUCAAAUUGCAAACUGUAAAACAGGAGGAGAUCCAAGGUGGAGAUGUUCGUGCAACAUGUUUUCUUUUUGAGACAGAAAAUUUGGAUAGCAUACAAGGAGAAGAGAGGAAGGAAAGCAAGCCUGUGGAAAUGGAUAUCCGAGCUGGGGAUGUCUCAAGCAUGAGGUAUAAAUUUGAAAAUCAGUCCCUAGAUUCCAUAAGUUCUAGUUCAGAGGAAGUUUUGAAAAAGAUGAAAACUCUAAAAACUGAAGAUAUUCAGAAAGGCAAUGUUUUACAUUGUAGGCGGCUUUUUGAGAACCAACCAAUUGAUAUGAUAAAAGAAAGUCAAGAAGGUGAUGAAUUAGUAAAGACAGUGACAGACAUACAAGGUGGGGAUGUAAGAAAGAGGUGCUUUAUUUUUGAGACAUUUUCUUUAGAUGAGAUUAAAGAAGAAUCAGAUCAUAUCAGCAGCAAGAAAACAAUUACUGAAGAAGUCAUAAAGGGUAAUGUAAAAAGCUACAGAAUGCUCUUUGAAACUCAGCCACUGUAUGCAAUUCAAGAUCAAGAGGGGUGCUACCAUGAAAUCACAACAGUUAAAAAGGAAGAGGUAAUUCACGGAGACGUUCGAGGAACAAGGUGGCUUUUUGAAACAAAACCAUUAGACUCAAUCAACAAAUCAGAAACCAUUUAUGUUAUUAAAUCAGUGACACAAGAAGACAUUCAGAGGGGAGACGUUAGUGCUGUCAGGUACAAAUUUGAAACUCAGCCACUGGACCGGAUUUCAGAAGGAUCACAAAAUGUUGUUCACUCUGUUGACUAUAUUCAAGGUGGUGAUGUAAAGACAAGUAAACAAUUAUUUGAGUCUGAAGAUUUUCAUAAGAAGAAUUAUAUAAGAACAGUAAGUGUCAAUGAAAUACAAAAAGGUAAUGUUAAAACGUCGACUUGGUUAUUUGAAACCCAUGCUAUAGAUGAACUAAGAGGACAAGGAUCAGAAUACGAAAACAUUAAGACAGUUACCCAAGAGGAUGUGAAAAAAGGUGAUGUUAGACAGGCAGUGUGGCUUUUUGAAAAUCAAACUUUGGAUUCCAUUAAGGAAGCAGAUGAAAGCAUCACAAAUAUUACCAAAGAGGAAAUACUUUCUUCAGAUGUUAAGACAACAACAUGGCUCUUUGAAACAACACCCAUUCAUGAAUUUAAUGACAGCAAAAUAGAAAAGGUAGAGAUUAUCGGCAAGAGCAUUAAGGAAACAUUACAAGAUCUUUACUCUCAAAAAGUUAUUGAGUCUCCUGGGAUUAUUAUCGAAGCUGAUGAAGUUGGAGAUGUGCGAAUGGCAAAAUACAAGCUAAUGAACCAAGCAUCACCUGAGAUACAGAAAGAAGAUGUUAUCAAGGUUGAUCUGAGAAGUAUAAUCAUGACCUUACUUUCCAAAAGAGACUGCACAAGAAGAGAGAUUUUGGUGAGUGAAGAAGAGAAGGGAAAUGUCAAUAUGACUAAAACUCAACUAUUAAACAGAUCCACUGAAUUUCAUGCUGAUAAAAAAGAGAUAGUGAGAGGUGAUAUACAGCAAGCAAUAAAAAAUCUGUUUUCAGAAGAAAAAUCUGUAAAGAAAGGCAUUUUAAUCCAGGAAGAUGAAAGAGGAGAUGUUAACAUGACUAUCUAUUGUCUUCUUCAUGAAAAUGCUGGUGACAGGUUUGAGCGGGAAGAAGUCAUAGGAGGUGAUGUGAGACGCACUAUUCAUAAUCUGCUGUCUUCCACAUCACACAAUAAAACACCUGAAAGGGUUAAAAUUGAUGCCUCUGAGAGAGGAAAUGUGCAGUUUUUCACAACAUGCAUAGAGACAGGAGCUUUGGAUUAUCUCAGACAACUACAGACAGGGUCAACUGAAACUCUAACACCCAGCAAACAAGAAGGAAAAGAAGAAAUAAUUGGAGGUGAUGUUGAGGGCACAAAACUGUUACUAAAGAAAAGGCAGUCUCAGGUUGACCGUACUGUCAAUGCAACUGACAUCAUCCCAGGAGAUGUGCAUAAAACAGCUGAGAUUUUUAUGGCAGAGCCUCAGAGUACAUCUUGUAAGUCAACCACAGAAGAAACUAUAAAAGGUGAUUUAAAAUCAACCCUACAUUCCCUUACCCAGGCUAUAAAUCAGAAAACAGUGGCUGAAGAAGAAGAAAUGACCAAAGGUCACACGUUUGCCACACUCAACUCACUUAAAACAUCAAGCCAUCAGUGGAAAGAAUCUAAACAGCCAGACAUCACUCCUGACAAUAUUGAACAAGCUAUUGAAUGUCUUGAAAGAGCUACAAACACAAGGACAGAAAUCAUGAAAAAAGAGCUUCUCAGAGAAGACCUUGAAACAUCAUUAAGGUAUUUGAAAGAAGCAGAAAGAGGUUUCAAAGAGGUGAAUAAAGAAGGUGUAAACAAAGAAGUCCAUGCAGUGACAGUAGGAUCCUCAGGAGAACAGAAGACAAAGCAUCAUCAGGCAACCAUCCAGAGGGACCAGAAAAGUAUUCUCCAGCCCAGGCCAGGACCAUUGGAGCCGGCAGCCAGGUCAGAAGGAGGAGCAGACACUCUCAGUCAAACUGAAAAAAGAAACAAGGUCAAUCCGUCCAAAGUUCCCAAAGGCACCGUAAAGAUUGUUGUAGAUCGUGAACAAAACAAUGAUGCCCUGGAGAAAAGCCUUAGAAGAAUAUCUAAUUCCAACCACAAAGCUACUGAGAAUGUGUUACAAUCAGGACACCAAACAGAUGUCUGGUCCAUAACAGAGCAACACCUUACAGAAGGACAUAUGAAUAGACAAUUAACUUCAACUUCAACAACUUCGGUAAAUCAAAAUGAAAAAAAUAAGAAUUCAGAGAGACUGAAGGAACUGAAAGAGGACAUUAUCUUCGGCUCCACUCAGUCUUUUGACAAAACAACUGGAGAGCAUCGUACUCAAACCUGUGGACUGAGGAAUGACCACAAGAAUUCCACUCAGGACCAUCCAGGAGGCAUGUUAGCUGGAGAAACUUACAAAUUAACAGGAGACUUUCAGAAGCAAACUUUUAAAAAGCAAGAAAUGCAAAAUCCUCAUAGGUAUCUAAAGAAAAAUGACAUGAGCCUUCAACCUUUGUCAGCAGAUCAAGACAUGUCCAAUGUAACUGAAAUGAAAGUCUCUGAAAAGAGCCACAAUAAAUUCAAAGCCAAUGACAAAAAGCAGAAGACUGAUGUUAAUCUGAAAAACCAGGACUUCCUAAUGAAGACAAAUACUUCUGCAGAGUUAAAAAUGGCAAUGCAAAUGUCCUUUAAUCCAAACAACUUUAACACUGAGAAUGAUGGGAAAGAAACUGAGUCUUCUCUUCCACCUCCAUCUCCACCUCCUCCUCCACCUUCCAAUGCAUCAUCUGAAAUUGAAUUUCCUCUUCCCCCUCCACCUCCUUUAAUGAUCUUGCCUGAGAAAAAUGUGUUUCCUCCAUCACCAGAAAAAACAAAGUCUGGAUUUGAAAACUUCCCAGGCUUCCCUCUUCCUCCACCACCAGUAGAGGCGAAACCUAAAGAAGAAUCUCUAUCAAUGUUCCCACCACCUCCCCCUCCUCCAACAUCAUCUCAGAAGUCAGUACAGCCCACCAACUGUAUUCCAGAAAAGCACGAUGAAACUUUCAUACACCAAGAAGCAUCAAGCUCUCAACAAACUCACUCUCAGUCAAAAAUCACAACAGCAAAAUCAAAAGCACGUAUUCCACCUCCCACAUUACCCAAGCCCAAAUUUUUCAAGCGAAUAGAUGAUAAGAACUAUCUUCCCCAAAACGUUGAUUUGCAAAAUUCCCUAUCAGAUAUGGAAUUUAACACUGCUUCCAGAAAGGAUCAGGAAAAAGUCAUGAUGGUGACCAGCACUGACUGCACAGAGAUGAAGCAGGACAUAUUCAGUGAAAGUCUUGAUGAAAGAAAACAAUUGUCAAUCAACUCUGUCAAGUCUGUCUCUCAGAUAGUGCCAGAAACUUCGGCACCCAAAGAAAAAGAGAUAGCACCUCUCAGAAAUUCCCAUUCAUUUCCAGCAUGUUCAGUACAACAAAAUCCAAAACCUUACAUGAGAAAAUUUAAGACACCUCUAAUGAUUGCUGAAGAAAAGUAUAGACAACAAAGAGAAAGACUUGAGAAAGAGAAGCAGGAGAGUUUUUGCUAUAGUGUAGUCAAAAGAGAAAGCCAAAGUCAAAAUUUAUCAGAGAUUGAAAAAGAAAUGUCAUUACAAAAACCAAAUGAGGAGGUUCCCCUUUCUGGAAUGUAUUCAGAGUCCCUUGUGCCCCAGCCAAGCCCUGAUUCUCAAAGUAAUGCUCAAGUACUUGAGGUUAAUUCUGAUAAACAGUUCACAACAUCAUCAGUGGCAGUAGCCAAGAAGCUCCAACCUGUUCUAGCAUCCUCAGAAACCAAAUAUAACAUGAAGAAGGAAAUUUUACAGACCUCUGGGGACAUAGUACAAUCUAAAACAACCUGUGACACUAAACAGAGUCAGCAAGAAUGCAGUACACAACAAAUACAACAGAAGUAUCCAGAGCAUUUGCACUUGCUCCAGAUCAAACCAGUUUCCCCAAGUUUCAAAGUUAAAACAAUCAAGCCCCCCAGCGUUGAUCAUACAUUAAAUGAAACUGACCUCCACUAUGAAAGUAACAAAAAGCAAUCACACGUUGAUGUUCAAACCAUUUCCGAACAGCAGUAUCAAGAAACCAACAAAAUGAAAACAAGUACCAAAUAUAGUAAUAAUCAAUCUAUGGCUGAAAAGCAUCAUCGAUUACCUAAGAAAGAUAAAAAGGUGACGCAACAAGUGCCUACUAACACUGCACAGGAGGGCCUUGAAAGCAAACUCAAGGUGGUUCCUGAGAAGCAAAGAGAAUUAAGGGAAUCUGAGGAAGGGAAACGUAUGGAAAGUGAAAGGAAAGCUCAGGGCCCCUCAAUGAUUGGCCCAAAAGAAGAAAAUCUAAUAGUUGAAAGACGACAAGGGCAUGCGAAGAAUGGGUUGACACGAAAAGUGAUCAAGCAGGUUGCUGAAGCCCAUUUUGAUUCACAGACUCAGAAUGUUCGGCAAACAGAGAUACAGGCUUCUGAAAGUCAAGUUGAGCAUAAAGCGUUGUCCCAGUCAUGUAGUAAUCAACAGAGAAAAACCUGCCUUGGAGUCAAAGGCAUUCAACAGAAACAAGUCUUCCCUAACACUGAAGAUUCAAAGCAUGAGAUGACAGAGAACACAUCUUUAUUUUCCUCUGUGAAAGAAUUCCAGCAGGAUGAUGGAAAGCAUGCUGUAAAUAUAUUGGAAUUCUUGAGAAAACGUGAAGAGCUACAGCAGAUUUUGUCUAGAGUGAAAGAGUUUGAAGCUGAGCCAAAUAAAAAUGACCUGAAAACAUUUCAGACACUGUGGAAUAUUGUUCCAGUAUGGCUGAUAAGUGAAGAAAAGAGAAAACAUGGAUCUUGCAUGGCAAUGGAGAAUACAGAAAAAAUCAGGGAAGAAAUAACAUACAUUAGGACUUUAGCAGAGGAUAUGCUUGUGUCCUGUGAGAAUAUAAUUCAAACAGCCAUGAUAUCCUCUAAAAUAGGGAGACCCGGUAAUAAGCUUCCUAGUCUUGAUGAAGCAGCAUCCAAAGUGUCUAAUGUUAAUGUUAGCUAUGAUAAAAACAUGGAGCAGAAGGAAAAUAAAAUUGUAGAAGAAACAGCACACCAUGAAGUAACAACUCAUCAUGAAGCACUUGCUCAAAAUCAUGUGAAAACACAUCAGGAAAUUAAAUUGGAUGAUAGUAAGAUGUCUCCUCCCUCUUUAAAAACACGCUCACCCUCACCUACUUUUAUAACAAUUGAGUCUACUGCCCGAAGGAAUGUCCCUUCUACUAAAGAUGAGCUUUCUCAGUCCCCUAAAAAGGACAGUUGUGUUGAACCCCCACCAAGAAAGCCUAUGUCACAAACAGGCAGAACUCCCAGAACAGACACAUCCCCUUCUCCACCCAGGAGUCGCUCAGAACAACUUGUCAAACUCAAAGACACCACUGCAAAGUUAUCCAAAGGGACUAUCCCAUGUCCAUCAGUAAGCCCAGUCCCAAUCGUGGAGAAGAGAUCUGAGAUCAUCAUGUCUCCUGCCACACUCCGUCGCCAAAUUAAGAUAGACACGCGUGGCAGAGACUCUCCACCUACAAUCACCAUCCCUGUGAAUGUGAAUCAUGUCACUAAUGGUUCCUUCAAAGAAUCCAUGGAAGCUCAAGAGGAAGUUCGAAAAGUAGAGAAAAGAGCAACUUAUGUUCACCAAGAUGGAUUAAAUUCUGCUAACUGCAUGGUGCCAGAAACUGAAAGUUAUGACGCAGUGGAAAUAAUCCGCAAGGUCGGAGCGCCUCGCGUGCCAGAGCACAGGCAGAGAUAUGAAGCAGCCAACCGAUCUGCUCAGAUGGCUGGAGAUUUCGUGAGUGAUCACGAAAAUGAAAUAAACAGAUGGUUCAGGGAAUUUGAGAAUGGCCCAGUUUUUGAAUCAAAGUCAAAUAGAAGAGUUUAUGCAAAUGGAGAAGCAAGCCAUAAUAUAAAACAAGAAAGUCGAGCAUUUUGUAAAGAGGAAUUUGGAUUAACAUCUUUAGGGAACACUGAAUUUACAGGCUUCUCUUGUAAAUAUCCCAGAAAGCUGCAAGAAAAAAAUCCUGUUAUACAGCCCAGGGUGCGCUCUGAAACAAGGUCUCUCAGUGAGCAUUUCUCAGGCCUAGAUUCAUAUGAGAGUCACUCCGUUGGGUCAAAGACAACAACAUCAACAACCCAUAGCUCAGAAGCUAGCAGAUCUGGCUUUGACUUCAAACAUGCCCCACCAACGUACGAAGAUGUCAUCGCUGGACAUAUUUUAGAUAUCUCUGAUUCAUCUAAUGAACUCAGAAGGAAUUUUCAAAAGACGUGGCAGGAGAGUGAGAGAGUUUUUGAGAGCCUGGGAUGUACAACCUCAGAUUCUUCUGCCUCUGAGAUGAGAACCACCUUCCAGGAGGAAUCUGCAUUUUUAAGUGACAAGGAAAUUUGUAUUCUUUGUCAAAAGAUAGUUUAUCCCAUGGAGUGCUUGGUAGCAGAUCAACAGAAUUUUCAUAAGUCCUGCUUCCGAUGCCACCAUUGCAACAACAAACUGAGUUUGGGAAAUUACGCAUCACUUCAUGGACAAAUAUAUUGUAAACCUCACUUUAAACAACUUUUCAAAUCUAAAGGAAAUUAUGAUGAAGGUUUUGGACACAAACAGCAUAAAGAUCGAUGGAAUUACAAACAUCCAAGCAGCUCAGGGGAUUUUAUUCCCAAAAAAGAACAGAAUAUUUGCAAAGACACUAUAGAAAAUACCUUUGCACUUGGAAAUCUUAAUCAACAUUCAGAUGCUAAAAACAGGGAAGAGCAAAGGGGUAAUCUGAUAAAAUUAGGGGAGAGGGGAAAAUUAAAAGUCAUCUGGCCUCCCUCCACGGAGAUGCCUAAGAAAACCUUCCUCCUUGAAGAAGACCUCCAAGUGAAUAAACCUAAAUGGCCCCCCGAAGUGACAAUCCCUGCUCCCCCUGAAUGUAAGAGUGAAGCACAUACAGAACAGAUGAGCCCUCUAGGAAAAAAAGAACAAGGACAUGAUGUGCUCUCUUUUCAGUACCCACGUCAGCUGUCUACCCAUACCUGUCAGAAAGAAGAGGUUCCAGGAAUCAAAGAAGUGAAAAUGUACGAAGGAAGUCAGAACGUGCAAGACAAGCUGAAUGAGGCUGAAGAUACAAAGAAUAAAAGGAAAAGUGAAAUGGAGCUUAAUGGCAACGCGGAUGUGACUGUGCAGAGUGCUGAAAAGGAGAAAAAUGAAAAACUUAAUGAAGCUAAUGGGACAGAAGUUUUACAGGUUACUAACGCUAAUGAUGAAGUGGUGCAGGAGAACUGUAAAGAGAAUUUGAAUAAGAAUAAUAAUAAUAACAAUUAUGUAACAGUGUCAGGCUUGAGUAAUUGCAGGCAGAACACAUCUACUUUAGAAUUUCCUCAUUUAUUACCACUGUCAGGCAAAGCAAACUACACUGCAAAUGAAUAUCAAAUUGAAAAGUUCACAAAUGCCUCUAGAAUUUCCCAGUUACUUGGUGUAUUUGAAUCUGAACAGAUUUAUUCAAGGAAUGCACUGGCUCUGGCUCUUAAAAGACAGACUGACAAAGCUACUGCUGGCAGUCCUCUGCAGUCUACUGUAAAUCCAGGCACCAAGAGGGGCCUGGUAGUAAAGCAGAAAAGUUCAAUGGUCUCUUCUGAUACAAAUCUCUUAAAUUUCAAAGGAAAUCACUCUAGUCACAAAAAUCUAAACUUUUUCUUUCCUAAUUCUAUGAAAAUCACUGCGUUUUCCAAGAAAAAUGAGCAUCAUUUUGAUUGUGACAUAUUAGAUUCUGCAGAUCACAUUGAAAAUGUGCCAUGUUUAUACGUAAGAAAGUUUGGAAAAGAUGUCGAGCAAUGGCACAGUGAGCCUGUGGGAGAAGUUCACAAUAACGGAAGCACAAGUUCAGGCGCUCUGAGCUCUGAGUGCACAGCCACACCUUCCUCCCCCACAGUGGAGGUCCAGAUGGAACACCUCACUGUGGAAGAGCAGAUUAAAAGGAACAGGUGCUACAGUGACACAGAGUAAAACGUCUCUGGUGACUUCACUUUGCACUCAGUCACUGAGAAACAUGGGUUCCUGAAGUAGGAUUUCAGGGACGUUCAGGGAUACUACCUUGACUGGCGUAUAUUGUUAACAUGAUGUUCAGAAAUCUCUUGUCUAUCUGGAGAUAGGAUUUCUAUUACACUUUCUAUUUUUUCAUAAUUCCUCUGAAUACACUUUUGUUCUGAAUGGAAUGCAAAGUUGAACACAAAACAUGGCAAUGUUACAGUGUCAUGAGACACUAUGUCUAUCACUUGUUACAUCUUAAAUUUGCUGAAAUAAAAUCAAACCCUUUGAGGUAAAAA